GGCUGUCUCCAACAACAGAGGCCUGACCUAAAGCCCUGAGGCCAGUUAGCCCCAGCUGCAAAGAAGCCAAGGCCGCGACUGCUUGCUGCCCCUGGCCUCCCAUCUAUCCUGACACCUUGACCUCCUGGGCUGCCCCUACCCCAGCCACCUACCCCUGACAUCUUGAUCUCAGGCUGGACCAACUUAGAGAUGCCAAUUGCUCUCGGCAGCCUCGCCUGCUGGGACAAAUCCUGGUGCCAGCAGGGGCUGCAGGGAGCCCCCGAGGCCUGCACUGCUCCCCAGAUGGUCUGCUCUUCUUGACGGCUGGUGUUGCAUCCUGUGUCCAUGUGCUGGAUCUUGAGGGACGCUCCAUUUGUCAACUACCCUGCUGCAUUCCUAGAACUGGAGCCUUUGUCCCAGAGGAUGUGGCGGUGACAGCUGCAGGGCUUGUGGUGGUCAGUGACCUCAUUCACGGGGCUGUGUAUGCUCUCCAGUACACUUCCCGGGAACCCCAGGGCCGCUGGGUGACUGUAGGCACAUUCCUGUCCCCCCGAGGGCUGGCUGUGGAUGCUCUUGGACACUUCCUGGUGACAGACUACUUGCCUGGAACUGUUCACAGCUUCAUGUUAGGACCAACCUGGGAGCCCCUUGCUCCAACCUCCAUGCUAGGUCUGGAGGGCCCUUGUUGGGUAGGUCCAGGGCCUGAUGGGGGCUUUGCUGUGAGUGAAGAGUUUGGGGAUGUACAGCUGUUUGGCAGUGCCCACCAGCCUCUGGGCUCCCUAGGAACCCUGACUGGGCAUAACUUUGGCCACCCAGCAGGUGUGUGCUCUGAUGCAGAGGGUAGCAUUAUUGUGGCUGAUGAGCAGAGGCACCAAGUGACUUUGUUUCCCCGGGUUGGGCCACCCAUCUGUUUGCAGUUGGAGGGACUAAAGAGGCCCUUGGGUAUGGCCUGUGCACCCCAGGGCCAACUAGUGGUGGCAGAUGCAGGGGACAACUGCAUCAAGUUGUACCAGUAUCUGGGGGAGAUGGCCUGAGGGGUAGGCUCUGGGGGAAAUUGCCCCUUGCUAGGACUGGCCGGGCCUGAGUCCUUUGUACUAUCAUGGAAGGUUGGUAGGCUCCUUGGGGCCUGCUGAGCCGUCUUCCUGAUACCUGGUCUUAGCUGGCUUUGUGAUUUCCUCUUGGCAAGUGCCCCUGUCUACACAGAAACCAUGAAUCACCAUUUCUUGAUGAGGUUCUAAACUGGGCCAUCUCCACUUCCCUAUUAAGUAUGCUCAUAGGUUUUCAUGCCCCUAAAACCCAAGGGCCACUCAGUCCCUGGCUCUGCUAGCUUGGGUCUCGGGAGGCCUGAGCUUUGAGGCAACACUUGAAGCUAUAGAUCCUGGGUGCUGAGGCUGUCUGCCAGCAGAUAGCUAGGCAAGAUCUCCUGCCAGGUGUCCAACCCCUACAUCCUAAUCAGAGGCAGGCAGGCAGGCAGGCAGGGAGGGUGUGGCUAGGCUGGGUUGGGCAGUUUAGGGGAAGGGUGUGGUCCCUUAGUGUUCCCCCCAGCUUCAAAAAUAUUCCCAUUCUUGAGCCUCCAACAGCACUCUGGGCCCAACAGAGAGGUAAGGAGUAGGCAAAUCAGAGGGGUAAGGCCAACAUGUGUCCUGGUAGGGCACAUAGCAAGGGCAGGUCCUCUACUGGACACUCCCUGUUUUGAAAGAUACCUUCAGUUUUCCCUUCAAUCCAGGUCCAAACCACUUUUGAGCACUUAGGUGGGGUGCUGGGACGGUUCUGGGUAGCACAGGUUCUUUCAUACCCUUCCAUUCAAGACAGGAAAACAGUAGCCUUUCCUCCCAUGUUACAGAUGAGAUCUGGAAGGGGAGGGGUGUGUGUGUGUGUGUGUGUGUGUGUGUGUGUGUGUGUGUGUGUUUGAAGAGCUUACUCAUUGAGAAUCUGGUCUCACCCAUGUUCUUCAUGUGGGAAGAAGCAAGAAAAAGCUCCUUGCUUUUGCUCCUUUAGGGUGUGGGGUGGCACCCAGCCUGUCAUCUGGACGUUGAGGUCAACACACAUGUCACUCCUGCAGGCUAAAUCAAUAUGCCCUGUUCAUUAUGUUGUGGGGGAUUAAUGGACAAUGAAAGAAACUUUGCUUGUAAGUAGAUGCUCAAUAAACACUAGUUACUGCG